GCUGAAUGUCGCGGGGGGCGGCCGGACAGCGGGGCAGUGGGGGGGCAUCGGCUGCCGAGGUCCGCUCGGAACUUCGCCAGUGACACUGUGACAUCACAGGCCAGAAGCCGUGGGUCCCCGGUACCAACAACAGCUUUUGAGAUCCCUGCGAGCCCUCUUAGUGACUAUCACCACCUCGACCAACCCAGUGCCUGCCUCCUUGCACGAACAAGCUCGACGGCUGCCAGUAGCGCGACCAUGUCGAUGCUAGAGUUCCGUACCCAGGGCUACAAUCCCUACGCCGUCAAAUACUCCCCCUACCACGACUCCCGCAUCGCAGUCGCCUCGUCCGCGAACUUUGGCAUCGUCGGCAAUGGCCGCGUCUUUGCUUUAAACCUCACCUCGCGCGGUAUCGAGGUUGAGCAAACCUUCGACACCAACGAUGCGCAGUACGACCUCGCCUGGUCCGAAAUCAACGAAAACCAACUCAUAGUCGCAUGCGGCGAUGGCUCCAUCAAACUUUUCGACAUUGGCGUGAAGGACUUCCCCGUAAUGAACUUUCACGAACACAAGAGGGAAACCUUUUCCGUAUGCUGGAGUCCCAUCACGAAAGACACAUUCAUCUCGAGUUCAUGGGAUGGCUCUGUAAAACUCUGGUCCCCCACACGACAGCACUCCCUCCGCACCCUCCCCAUAGGUUCCUGCACCUACAGCACCGCCUUCCAACCCUCCAACCCGUCCAUCGUCUCCGCCGUCUCCUCCGACUCCCAAAUCCGCAUCUUCGACCUCCGCACCCCGGCCUCGGCGAAAUACCACCUCACCACCAUGAUCCCCGUCCACGGCGGCCCCGCCACCGCCUCCUCCGCCGCCCCCCUGCCCCAGGGACUGCCCCCCUCCCAGCCCGCCGAGGUCCUCACCCACGACUGGAACAAGUACCGCGACACCGUCAUCGCCACCGGCGGCGUCGACCGCGUCAUCCGCACCUUCGACAUCCGCAACCCGGCCGCCGGGCCCCUCUCCGUCCUCCCGGGCCACGACUACGCCGUCCGCCGCCUCGUCUGGAGCCCCCACGCCUCCAACGUCCUGCUCAGCGCCAGCUACGACAUGACCGUGCGCUUGUGGGACGACCCGGGCGCCGCUUUGCCGGACGCUGCGGCGGCGGCGGCGACGCCUGGCCAUCCCGUCCCGCCGGCCGUGGGGCGCCAGCUGGGCGUCAUGAACCGCCAUACAGAGUUCGCCACAGGCGUGGAUUGGUGUUUGUUUGGCGCUGGCGGCUGGGUUGCCAGCGUGGGGUGGGACGAAAGGGUGUUCUUGUGGGACGCGAACAUGCUAUUGCAGGGACCAUGAUGGACGAGAGAAGAGAAGACAGACGGGGCCGCCGUUCGGGAGAGUCUUUUCUUCCUGCCCACUUGGCCUAGGCUGGCGUCCAAAAGGAGUUCAGAAUGCGGGGACGAAGAGAGCGGCUACGCAUCAGAAAACCUGGCGUUUUUUUCCUGGGUAUAUAUAUCCAUCCAUGUUUUGGUCCGGUCUCUGGAGAUCAUACUAUAAAUACAGAAUUUUGUUACACAUAUAUAUGUACAGUGGAAUCCGCCACUCAUCAUCCAUCUCCCU